AUGAAUUCGCAACAACCAAUAAGGUCUCAAUCUUAUGUUUCUAGUCAACCGCUGAGAAUAACUUAUUGGAAUUGCCGUGGGGCUUACUCUAAAAAACCUGAAAUAGAAAAGAUUUCCGAAGAGCUGGACAUUAUUAUCAUCGCAGAAACUUGUUUGAGUCCCGAUCAUGCCUUCUCGAUUCGUGGCUUCGAUUGCAUUCGUCUCGAUUCGACCUCUAACAACAUUAGAGGUUUACUCAUUUUAAUCCGUGACUUCAACGCUCACCAUCCCCUCUGGGGAUCCCAGAGACGCAACUCGGCGGGUACAACCCUCUGCGAUUUGACUGAAUCCCUCAAUCUCAUCUGCUUAAACCCUGAUGCAUCUCCUUCCUUUCACAUCCUACUAGGGCUCCUUCAUUUAUCGACUUAUUUGUUAUUCAGGGAUCUCUCACCUUAUAUUUCCCAUAAGGGCACUCCGCAGGGCUCGGUCCUCAGUCCUACCCUUUUUAACAUUUAUCUUAGGGAAAUCAAUAAAGUACUGGACCCCAAUACCUUGUUGCAGUUUGCCAACGAUAUCGUUAUAUAUGCUUCUAACUCCGUAUCUGUAACAGCACUCCGAUCUGUAGAAAGAUCGCUUAAAAACAUUCAAUCCUUUCUUUGUGAGAGAGGUCUUGAGAUAUCACCAAAGAAGACUCAGAUGAUGGUCUUCUCAAAAAGAAAGAAUCUAUCAUAUUCGAAUCUCAACAUAGAAUUGGAGGGAACCGUCCUCUCCCCCUCAACAUCGGUGAGAUUUCUGGGUAUUGUCUUUGAUCCCAAACUUUCAGGUAAGAAUCAUCUGGAACAGGUUAUCUGUAAAGGCAAACGUACGAUCUCGGUCAUUUCUGCUUUGAGGGGGACUUGGUGGGGGGCCAACCCUAAUCUCCUUCUAUCCGUCUAUAGAUCCAUGAUUCGUGCCUCUUUCGAGUAUGCGUCUCUUAUUUUCGCCCUGAAUGACAACCGUUUGCUAGUUAGACUGCAACGCAUACAAAAUCAGGCAAUACGCAUAGCUUGUGGGUACCGUAACUCUACUCCGAUAAAUGUGAUACAUGCUGAAACGAGGGAACCCCUCUUGAAACAAAAGUUUGAGUACCUAGCUUCGAAAUACUUUCUUAAAAUAAUUUCCUUUCGGGAUCACCCGGUUGUGACUAAGCUUCUGGAGAUUUGCGAUUUGGUCGUUAACACACCCCGCUCUUUCUAUUUAGGCACUCACUUUCCGGCGGCGCUUGUUUUUCUUCAUAUGUGGUCCUACAACAAACUCAUGCUCAUUACGCCUGGCCUCCCUGCGUAUCAAAAUUCAUAUUACUCUACCUGUACGAAUGUUUCCUAUUUAUCCCUACCACCUAAUAUUCUUAAAAAUUUUGAUACCAUUCCUCAACAGAAUAUCCAACCGAUUUUUGAGGAUACCUUUCGGCGCGUGCUCGCUCGCGCCAUUGUCUUCUACACGGACGGUUCAAAGGUUAAUGAUGGUACAUAUGUGGGUUCUGUGGUCUAUUCUCCCCAGCUUGACCUCCAUUUUAUGUUUAAAUUAUCCUCGUACGCGUCUGUGUUUACGUCCGAGGCAUGGGCCAUAUACAAUGCUCUACUCUUUGCCCUUCACAAUGACCUCAGCCGUAUAGUUAUUGUUUCUGACUCCAAAAGUGUUCUUGAUUCCCUUGCGGGUUUCCGCAAUAGAACCAACAAUUACAUUAUCUCGUACAUCAGGGUUCUCAUAGAGGAGGCGAAGUUCCGCAACACCCAGGUUAGCUUCAUUUGGGUACCCUCACAUUGCGGAAUUCAAGAUAACGAAAUAGCUGACCAACUAGCCAAAAAAGCUAUAGGAGAGGGGGCUGAAUCAAAUUUCAUGACUCCCUACUCCGACUUAUUCUCCAUACCGAGGAUGCGUCUGUCUAAAGCAUUUGAUAGUUAUAUUGAAAGGACAUCUCGGAUCACGGGCGAAUACUAUUUUAAAAAUUGCUAUACCCAUAAUAAUAAGCCUUGGUUUCAUGAUCUUCGGUUCUCUCGCAUCAUGAUCACCACGUUAAAUCGCCUUAGGAGUAACCAUUUUAAUCUUAACUACAGUCUUUUUCGCAAAAACCUGAUUGACAAUCCUUCAUGCCUUUGUGGAGCUCCCUCACAAGACUUCGCACACGUUAUAUUCUUCUGCCCUCUCACAGAACCGUACGUUGCUUCCAUCCGGCUAGCUCUCAAUGAUCUCGAUCAGGAGGACCUCAUUCCUCCCAAGAUCCCAACAUUACCAUUACUCGUACCUUGCGUAACCCUUCGGCAAAGAUCUGUCGAUUAUUUGUGA